UCCCCCCUCCGCGUCGCUGUGCUGGACGUCAUGAGCAUAGCAAUCGCGCUGGGAGUCACCACACCUGAAACGUCCUACACAGACAUGGCUGCCGGAUCAGACCCUGAGUCAGUGGAAGCAAGCCCUGCCGUGAAUGAGAAAUACCCAAAUCACAGCUGUGGGAGCGCUCAGAGCCACGGGUACCGGGGACUGCCCUACGCUGCCCGCCUCGCCGGUCGCCCUCACGUGACUGAUUGCUGUUCGGAUCACAACUAUGGUGCCCCCCCGCCUCCGACCCCGCCCGCCUCCCCGGUCUCCCAGACGAUCAUCCCCCGUGUGGAGUUCAACGGCGUGCCGUGCUACGCCGACGCCAACGAGGACGACAACUCGGCCGACAGCGACAGCUCCUCUGACGAGGAGCCGAGUGUGGCGGGCUGGUGCCACUGCAGCUUGACGCAGGAUGGCUUCCUAAUCAAAUGCGACGGCUGCAGGGGUUUAGACCGGAGGAAAGGGGUUGAUGGGCAGCGGCAGAAAGCAGAAAAUGUGUCUGCCGGCGAGAGCAGCGCCACAGAGAGCGGCGAUGAAGAGGUGUCUCCCUCCACUGUAUCCUACACCGCCACGCAGCACACACCUACCAGCAUCACCCUCACCGUCAACCGCGUCAAGCGCCCCAAGCCCAAGAAGAGGAAGAAGAGCACGGAAAAGGCGCGUGGGGCCCCCAAGCCCAAGAAGAUCAAGGCUUUCAGGGAGGGAUCCAGGAAGUCCAUGAGGAUGAAGAAUUCGACAAUGGAUACCAGCACGCUGGACGAGAACACAGCUGAGGGCUGGGAGACCCGGAUCCGCCAGUGGACGGACCAGUACGAGGAGGCCCUGGCCAAUCAGUAUAGCGCCGACGUUCAGACGCUGCUCCAGCAGCACCGAGCUGAGGGCCGGGCCCCCGCCGAGGCAGCCAUGGACAACAUCAACCGCACUGAACUGGCAUGCAACAACACCGUCAUUGGCUCUCAGAUGCAGCUGCAGUUGGGGAGAGUCACUCGCGUCCAGAAGCACAGGAAGAUCCUUCGUGCCGCCCGUGAUUUGGAAACGGACACGCUGAUCAUCGAGUACAGGGGGAAAGUCAUGCUGAAGCAGCAGUUUGAGGUCAACGGGCACUUCUUUAAGAAACCCUACCCAUUCGUGCUCUUCUACUCAAAGUUCAACGAAGUGGAGAUGUGCGUAGAUGCCCGGACAUUUGGCAACGACGCACGCUUCAUCCGGAGGUCCUGUACGCCCAAUGCCGAGGUCCGGCACAUGAUCGCUGAGGGCAUGAUUCACCUGUGUAUCUAUGCCGUGACUCGCAUCUCCAAGGACUCAGAGGUCACCAUCGGCUUCGACUAUGAGUUCAGCAGCUGCAACUAUAAGGUGGACUGCGCCUGCCACAAAGGGAACCAGAACUGCCCGGUGCAGAAGCAUAACCUGAACCCUCUGGAGCAGCCUCUGCGCCCACCCUCUCUGCCUCCCCCCGAGACCCGGCGGCGGAAGGCCCGCCGGAAAGAGCUGGAGGCCGGGGUCCCGGGCACCGGCUCGGACGACAGCAGCCAGCUCCCCGAGGAGGCGGUGGAUAGCAAGGAUCGGCAGGGAGGCAGCACAGGGGCCAGUGAUGCUGAGGAGGGGCUCUGCGAUGGGCUGAAGCCAGAGGGGGGGCAGGAGGCGGAGCUGGAUGAGAACGGAAGUUCCAUUCAAAGCAGACGGACCCGCGAGGAGCGCAAGGCUGAGGCUGUAACGCAGGUCUUCGAUAACUUGGAGAAGAGGAGGAAGAGGAGCUCGCAGACGCAGGAGAGGUGCCACGGUGCGGCAGUCGGGCCGGGAGCAGAGGAGCCCAAGCAGGAAGGAGGCGAGCUGGGGGAUGGUGACUCCCCGCUGGCCGGGACGCCGCCGACGCAGAGCACCGGUGUGGGUGUCAGCACGCGCCGCUCCUCCUACUUUACAGAAGUACCUCCCCCUGAAGUGGAGAAGACCCCGGCUGCCUCCAAGCCGGCCCCGGUUCGAUCCUCCAAGCCCCGGCCCAAGAGCCGUAUAUCGCGGUACCGCUCUGGCUCGUCCCAGCGGGCACGGCGCCAGAGGCAAGCUCUGGCCCAGCAGGCCUCUGACCCGGGGCCCGGUGUUGCAGAGGAAGGUGUGGCGGGAGCAUCAGGCGUGGAUUUGGGAGUGGGGGAAGGAGUGCUGAUGGUGGGGCAGCCCGUCGACCCCGAGGGGCCUGGAGGAGCAGCGACUGGGGCCUUAGGCAGCAAGUCAGGCCUUCGGUAUCACAAGACCAAGAAGUACCUGGUAACGGAGUGGCUGAAUGACAAGGUCCCCGAGAAGCCGGAGAGCCCCCUGUCCCGGCCCCUGCGCAUUACCACAGACCCCACGGUGCUGGCCACCACGCUCAAUAUGUUACCUGGCCUUUCGCCCUCACCCCUCAUCUGCACCACACCCAAACACUACGUACGUUUCGGCUCCCCCUUCACCCCCGAGCGACGCCGACGUCCCGUCAUCGUGGAUGGAUCCUAUGGUUCCUUCAAGAAGCGGUGGAUCAAGCAGGCGCAGGACGAAAGUCUUUCCUCAGCACGGGACGAGGGCGAGACGCCGUCAGAUUCUUCACACCAAAGCAGCUGCUCUUCUACCGCCUUCAGAGCUGAACUGACAGCACCUUUCAAGAAACGGAAAUGGAAGUACGGCCCGCAGCCGUCGUCGCCCCCCAGCCCACUUCUGCCCGUGUCCUCUGAAGGGCUGUUAAGGCCCCUCUCUCCCAUAACCCCGCCCCCAGCCCUGCCCUCUGACCCCCUGCACACGUUACUGCCCGAGCCGUGCCAGCUCACCGUGGGGGCAGCCGACGAGCGACCCAACGGCUACAGCCGUCCGUAUUCCCCCAUCCAGUCCCCCCCCACCAGCCGCUGCAACACCCCGCUGCAGUUUGAGAACAUCUCCUCUCCUGAAGCCUCCCCGGUACACAGGCCAGAGUCUCUGUCGCCCGAGCCCUGUCUGCGCAAGGAAAUGGACGGGCCCUGCACCAUGCUGUCCGACCCGCCCCUGCCCUCCGCCCUGGACAGCCCCACGCCGCUGGAGGACUGUCCCCAUGGUGCCUCGGACCCUUUUGGGGCGUCGGGACCAGCGGCGCCACCUGUACCCGCAGACACGGUGUUCAGCACCAGGCCAGUGGAGGUCGCAAUGAGGGAGCAGUCCUUCCGCAAGGAGUUCAGCCUCAUCUACGCCUGCUCCCCCCUGAACUCCAACCUGGCGGAGGGGCUGGGCGUCCGCACGGCCGGCGACAGGCGGCCCUCCCAGUCGGAGGGCAGCUUCUCUCCAGCCGAGCCCUUCUUCAACUGCGUCGGCGGGCAGGGCGUCAUCGCGGAGACCGGCGCGGGCUCGCUGUCGCCAUACCCGGAGCCGCACUACAGCGGCUCUUACCCCGACAGUGGCACCCCCCCACAUCCCGGCAACCCCCCGCAGAAGAAAAAGAAGGCCAACCUGCACACGAUUAGUCUGCUGACAGGAAAGCCAGAUUACCAGGCUUUAUCUGUACGAAGUGAAUACAAGACAGUACCAAAUAUGGUGUCCCUGUUGGAGUACCGGAAGCGCAAGCAAGGGGCAAAGGAGCCAGACGGGGCUGCAGGAGGUGCAGAGCCCUUUAGUGGCCCUCGCUCAGCCCUACAGCCCCCAUCCUCCCCCCAGAGCUGCCUGUCCUCCCCAGUGCAUGCUGCCAUCCCCCACAUGGAGGAGGUUAGCCCCCCGGACCAUGGAACAACCUCCCAGCCCCUGGGGCAUCAGCCUAGGGCCCAGGACAGCAGCAGCCACUGGAUGGUGCCCACUUCAGUUGAGCGGCUGCGCGAGGGCCAGGGCGUCCUGGAGCGGGUGCUGCGGGGCGGCCUCAAGAUGGAGCAUGCCCUAAAGAGGACGGAGGCCCCGGCCCGGCCUGCCGAGGGCUGCCGGGACAAGGAGGCCGGCGCGGGACCCUGGCCCGGCGGCACGGACUGCCCCCAAAAGAGCUCCCCCGGGAGGCGGCCCAACGUGAUCGAGCCGCGUGCGUCUUCUACCAUCGUGGAUCUCCACGACACGGACAACUACGAUACCCAGGCAGCUUCCCGGGACCUGGUCUCCCCCGCCAAGAGCCCCCAGCGGUACAGCCACGGCUCUGCAAUCUACUCCCACCAGGUGCCGUCGAUCGUGUUUGAGAGCCAUCAGAAGACAGAACCACCCUCCUUCCUGCACCAGAGUGCGUCGUCGCCCUUCCGUGGCUCCUACAGCCCGUCAGCCCCCUCCCCCAGCCAGGCCUACUACUCACGUCUGACCUCGAACCCCCCACUCACUCAGGAACCCUCUCUUCAGCAGCAGGUGCCUGCCAGCUCGGCGCCUUGCUACCCAGCCCAGGCCUCCUCCGUCACCUCAUCAUUCGACGCUGUCCUGUGUGGCUCCUCUCGCAAGACAGGGGGCGCCCCGCAACACCCUCACCAGCUAGGCGGUGCCGGGCCCUCUGGAAUUGAGGGGUCCCAGUUUUAUAGCGGGAGCCCCCUGAAAUCCAAUCUGCUGAACAGUGCCCCCUCUGGGCUGGUCACUACCACCCCCGCCGGCGUCCCCAGACCCCCCUCCCUCAGCCAGACUCUCCCAAAAACAGACGCAUCCAGGCUAUCCCAGCAGCCCGGGAUACGGACCUUAAGCCCAGACAGCCCUGGGCAAGCGGUGCUACCCCCAGGAAGCAGGCUCCUCUCCGCCUCCAGUUCCCAGCACUAUACGCAGCGCAGCACCCCCGUUGGCCAGUUCCAGCAUAGGCAGAUUUCGGGCUCAGGAGUAAGGACACAGUCAGGAAGUUACUGAGACUCGCACAGACUCCUGGGGGGGGUCAUAGAGCCCGAGGAGGGAGGACUUAUCCGUCAAACCAGGACUCUUGAUUGUUUUCUUAUCUUUUCCCCUCUCCUCUCUUUUUAGGGAAGCAGAAAUUGUCCUUCACAUGGCUACACAGGGGCUUUGUCGUCUUUCAGAAAUGCUAGACAAAUGGUCAUGUAACUUCUGUAAGUUCUCCUUUACAUUAUGGAGACCAUGUGCAGAUAGGUGUGGUUAUGGAGAAUCUAGACAUGCUGAUUAGUACCUGUUCUUUUGGUACUUCAAACGAUUAUGAUGGGUUUUUUUAAACCAAGCAUAAGAAAAUGAAAAAUAGGUGGAACUCCAGAUCAUAUACAAUUUUGUUUCUGAGAGAUCAGUCCUGCCGUAACAGAGGGUUUGUUUUAAUUGUAAAAUUGUAACAAUACAAACAAAACUCAUUCAUACCAUCCGUUACAAAGAUUCAGGGAGGGAACGGGACAAAAGAAAUAUAUUUGAGAAGACUGUGUUCCUGAGAAGAUCAUUCCAUACAAUCCCCAGCCUCUGUCCCCUCCCAUAAAUGACAUAAGACCUCUGGAGUCAGGAUCUGUAAUUGUAUUUUUUUUAAAGUUGAUCUUAUUUCACUUAUAACAAUUCUAGGCUUGGUAUAUUGUACUUGACUCAUACAGAUCUUAUAAUCCAUGGUGCUGCAGUUUAUUUUUUUAUUUAUUUUUUUAAUCCAUUAUACUUUUCUCCACACAUAGUGAAGUCAUUCAAUCUAUUUCUAAUUGGAAAAAGACUUUUGAAAACUGAAUCACAGUGAUUAUUGUUAUUUUUUUAACAAACAUUCAGUGUACAGGAAUGCAGAGAGAGCAACAGAGGGUAAGUUGGGGGGGGGGCUAGGGGGUGGUUUUUUUGUUUUUGUCACCUGUUGGGUUGUCCCGUUAAAUCCUUGAAGACUGAGGAAUUAUAAAAAUUGAGAGUUAAUGUUUUUUUUUUUUCGCUCCCCUUGGACCAACUCCGCAUUCCCCACACCUGCCAACACAACCGGACACUGUGCUGGCGAAUGUGUCGAUGGGGAGAGCUGCUGUCUUUCCUUUUUUAAAAAAAAAAAAAAAAAAAAAAGUUUGUAAAUGCAAGUGCUGCUUCAACAACGUUUCAUUUUCCACAGAAUGCUGUACCUCUCGUUUUUAUCUCUUAGUCGGUUUGUUACCCGUCACGAUGAACGAAACACAGCGAGGUCACCAAGUCACACAGCAGCCGUCGCACGGGGACUAAAGACGGAAAACUGUCGAAAGCCGUCCACGGGCCGAUUGCUCACAUGGACCACUGAUUCUCCCCCAGUGUGGACAAAUAACCCCCCCCAAACAGAGAGGCUCUGCUCAAAGAGGAAUGAGCACAGGAUCUGCUGGGAAAGGUGGCUUCCGUUGCAUACAUGUUCGGGGUGCGAUUUGUGGUUGACUGGACAAAUGGCGGAUUGAGCACUCUCGUGACCUCUGACCUCUCCCCUGCCUCUCCUGCAGAAGACGGAAGGGUACUCACUCCUUACCUGAAUGUUUCUCAUUGUGAAAGUCAUGGCUGAAGAAAACUUGUGACCCAAAAUACCAGCACCUUAAUUAAAAAAAAGCAAAUGUU